GCAGCUCCGUGCGUACGUGAUGUUAUGACAAUUGAUGUAGACACGUGCUAACUAACGUGCGAAACGCUCCACGUCGGUCAUCAGUCAAAGUCAAAGGAAGAAGUAAGAUAUGCGUGCAAAGAAUUGUGUACCAUUGUACAUUAUUUCAGUGCUAGUUCACAGGUUGACUCGGUAUAGGAAUUUGAAGAUUUCAACAGAACCAUCACAGAAUACUGCGCCCCAAUGGAGACAGCUGAAGACCAAUCAGACGAUGUGGGGGGAAUGGAGGCAGAACACGAGGAAACCGAGCAGCUGGAUGGAAAUGACCAAGCGGCAAACGAUGCCCCAAUGGAGACAGCUGAUGAACAAUCAGGCAAUGUGGGAGGAACUGAGGCAGAACAGGAGGAAACCGAGCAGCAGGAUGGAAAUGACCAAGCGGCAAAUGAUGCCCCAAUGGAGAGAGCUGAAGACCAGUCAGACAAUGUGGGGGGAACGGAGGCCGAAACUGAGCAGCACGAUGGAAAUGACCAAGCGGAAAAUAUGUCUCCAUUUCCACAGGAUCAGCCUGGAUCUGAGCAAGAUGAUGUGGGCCCACAGCCAGAAAGCAGUGGUGCUGAAGAAGACCCUGAUGUGCACAUACAGUCUGAGCAGGAAAAUGUUUCCCAAGUUCUGUCACCGCCCUACCUUAUGAACAUAGUCGACGAAAAGGAGAAUGAGGAGCCCGUUACAAAAGACAAUGAUGAAGAAGAAUUUGUUGUUCUUGAUGCUGCACAUCCUCUGGUUGCAAAGACGCAAGCUGCACUGAAAACUCAACUUAUUAAGGAACUUGAAAGGCUGACCCGGCAACUAAAAGAAGAGGGGGGGAUUGAGAAGGAAGAGGCAAGCCAAACAGAGGAAUUAUACGUAGAGUUGUUCAGGGAGCAGGAGAGGCUAAAAAGACUCCAGACAAGACUCGAUGGUCAACAGAAGACCAAGGCCUUAGCUGAAGACAAACAUCGACAGGUACAAGAUGAAUUGAAGCCAAUGAAGUCGUGCCAUUCCAGCACCACCAACCAGUGCACCAUGACCAGAACCAAUGUAUCCAAGCUACAGACAGAGCUAGACAAACUGAAGUUGCACGUCAACUUCACACAAGAAAUCAGUGAAGAUCUGCAUUCUAAUGUAAAAGCCACAAGGAAUGCCACACGAAAAGUAGGAACCAAGAAAUCAAAGGCUGAAGACCAGAAACUCAAGCAGGAUAUGUAUGCAGAGCGCCUGACUAAGGAAUUGGACAGACUGACACAACAGAUGGACCUAUAUGCGGUCCAGACCAAAGCCCAGGCAGAGACGACACUAGCAACCAAAGAGGCUCUUUCCGAGGCUGAAAUGCAAAUGGAGUCUCUAGCAAUGGCACAAAAGCAGUUGCUGCAGCAGUGGAACAGCAGCCUGCUCAGUAUGAGGAGGCAAGAUGAGGAAUUUGGAACAAUGCAGGAGUCUGUAUGCAUGGCAGGACACCAAGUGAUUGUGCUGGACAGAGAGAUUGAAGGCAACAAGAAAUCCCUUUCUGAGCUGCAAGAGAAAAGUGAGACUUUGACUAUGAUGUUGAACUGCGCCCAGAUGGACUGUGAAGUCACCAAAAAGAUGAUCAGUCAGAAGCAGGCGCAGCAUGAAACUCUGCAGGCCCAAUACAGCACCUACCUCCGGGCUCUGGGGCAGACAGAGUGCACACUCGCAGAACUCACUAAGGAGGAUAACGGCCUUCAGGUUGAGGUGACUGAUCAGAGACAAAAGCUGGAGAAAAACAAAAAUAAGCACCUGGAGUUAGAGAACCGCAUCAUGACCCAAAUGCUGAAGAAGAUCAUGGACAACAAGGCUGCUCAGUACUAUCAGCGGCUUACCAACAAGAAAGCCUCACUCAAGAAAGAAAAGAUCUAUCAGCUGUGGCAUUUGGAGAGUUCAGUAAUGGCGGCUGCCCUGGAGAGCAAUGUGAUCAACGAGAAACUGGAAAACUUGUCUCAAACUCAGAAGGAGCUUGAUGAGGAAAUUAGAAAGUACAACAAGGUGGUCGCAUCUAACCAGACUAACAGUUCUUCUAUCGAUGCACUCAUUGCACAGAAGCAGACCACUAUUGCAAACAUCAACAAGAAAAUUGAUCUCAUCGCAGCUCGAACUGGGCAUGAAGACCUCAGUCCUCUGCAAAUCAAGGUAGAAGCAAUAAAGACUCAGAUUGACGCAUUAUCACAGAAAAUCAAGAAUGAACAGCAGCUGUGGCUGAAGCAUCAAGGAACACUUAUAGGACUAACUCUGGAGAUACAGACACACAACAAGGAAUAUAACAAACUGCAGACAAAGUACACCGUGAUCUGUCAGAAGAAGAUUUACCUGCAGCGUCAGCUUGAAGUCUUGCACCGUGAUGAGAGUGAGGUGGAGAAGAGCAAUAAGAUGCUUCAAAGAGACUUGCUGAAGCUCAACACGCUUCUGAGCAAGAACGCCCAGUUGCGCCUUGCUUUGGAGCAGGAGAAUGCUGUGAUGGAGACGGAAUUCCUUCAUAAGCUUAAGGAGGAAGAGCGGGAGUCUCUAGAGAUGGAGGGAAAACUGGAGAAGACCCAGGAGGAAAAGGAAAAACUUCUCAGCAGUCUGGUGGAGGCUGAGCGUCAGAUCAUGCUAUGGGAAAAGAAGACCCAUGUUAUGAAAGAGACACGUUUAGUUGUGCAAGAGGGUCAAGGAGAGAUCCAAAUAAUGAGGGAUGAUGUACACCGUAUGGAGCGCUGGCUCAAUCUGCUGAUAAGGCAGCGUGAGCAGCUCCUGCGGGACAGUAUAGCAGUUGUGGAAAGGAGGGGAUACAUCAUUGAGCGCAAUGAUGUCAUGGCUCGUAGUACUAAUAAUGCCACCACCAAGGGUGAGCUAAAUCUGAUGAAUGACGGUUUACGGCGAAAGAUCAAAGAAAUACACAAGUUCGUGAAAGAGUAUGACCGGGAGAUUAGAGAGCUGCAAGAGGGUCAGGAUGAAUUUCAGAACAAGGCCAAGAAGAUUCAGGAGAUGAUCGAUGGCACGCCAUCCACCACUGCUUCACUUGAAGCUGCUCUGCAGGGUGAGGCAGAGCGAGUGCAUACUGUCAGGACUAUCAUUCACCGCGUGUGGAUAGAGAUGCCAAAGUAUCAGGGGUCUCUCUGGAAGGUGUUGCGGUCACUGGCAGAACAUGCAGACUCUGAAGAAGGAGACGUCAACAGUGGGGGAUAAAAUAGGGAUCAUACAGUUGCCAUUAAAUAGUAGGUCAAUAGUAAAGACAUUGUAUGUACAAACAAACAACUUUCUUCGGCUUGUGAUUAAGAUUAACCAGCUACAAGUUUCUACUGGUUUUAAGACUUUCAAGAGCUGCUGUCCCUCAAGCUCCUGCAAGCUUCUUGUGACCCAGUUAUUAUAUCUUUCUUACAUGGCCCAAUAUUGCUUGAAACAAAGUGCAGAUAUUGGUUGGCCAGACAUCUGGAAUCUUGACCUUCCAUUCUCUGUCUUCAUAUUUUUUACUUGAACUUUUUCACAGUACAUGGAUACCAUGUGUUUGCAUUUUGCCCCAUUUCUCUGCCGCCGAGAGAGAAAUAAUUGCCCUGGCUCUGCAAUCAUUAGAUAGUCUCAUAUCAAUUAUUAUGGUGGAAAAGUUAACGACAUAGACAAUCAUUAGAUAGUCUCAUAUCAAUUAUUAUGGUGGAAAAGUUAACGACAUAGACAAUCAUUAGAUAGUCUCAUAUCAAUUAUUAUGGUGGAAAAGUUAACGACAUAGACAAAUCAUUAGAUAGUCUCAUAUCAAUUAUUAUGGUGGAAAGGUUAAUGACAUAGACAAAAAGUAAUUUGACAGCUAAGUGGCAGAAGCAAAGGAGACAAACAAGUUAAGCACUUCUAAGGGACAAAAUAAGUUUUACUAGUGAUAUUUAGAUUUGGUUAAUUGGACCAAUUAACAUUUGGACAUUUUCUGCCUCACUCAGUUUUCUCACAAGUCUUACCAGCUUUUCUCUGUGUGCACAGUUUAAUUUGUUUCUGUGCAUUCUUCAGCAAUAUUAUUUUUUGUCGAGGCCCAACUAACAAAUGUAACAACAAACAUCCAGUGUUGUCAUUUGUGCUUGCCCAUCUGUUUAUUAACAUGCUGUCAUUUUCUUUUAUUUUUUUUUUAAAGGUCAUCAAACUAAAAAUAAAUCAGAAAAUAGCCAAAGUGCAUAUGUGUGUGGGGUGGGUGGUGGAUCGGGGUAUUUUCACAUAUGUU